AUGAGCCUCACAAGAAAGAAAAUCUCUUUCAAAGUCCUUGGACUUUCUAAACAAGCUUAUCUCAAGGAGCAACAUAAAGCAGUCUCCAUGACAUACUCAAGAUCUCGUCCGAGGAUUCAUACCUCGGGUGUCAAAAAUCAGGGCAGAAAACGGCAGAAUCCAAAGCUUUGGUAUCCUGACACUGGUUCAACUUUGAAACUGGCGAUAUCUGGUAGAUUCACUGCCGACGUCGGAGGCAGUGCAAUGAUCUUGAUAAAGAACAACUACCCCCAACCAAGCACAAUGGUAUCUGAGGCUUCCAGAGCUAUCAGUCCUUUGUCAAUGAGCAACACAGGAUUUGCUGACCACGAAGACAUUUAUCCUAUCAUUCAUUCUGCACCCAUCACUCCCCUUCAAGGGUCUCUCCUUAAUUCUCCUUUUGAUUCCAAAUUCGGAGAUUUCGAUGGAUAUCAAGGUGAUUCCGAGGAAUCCCUUGAUCCUGAGCCCAUCCAAACCAACAUGGUUCAUCCGUUGGAUGUCCCGAAUUUUGACUUUUCCUUUCCUAUGGAAGUUGAUCCUGCACUAGUACCCGAUUCAAUCUUCCCAACCUCUGGCUCACAGUCAAGCACUCCAGACAGUCAUUGUAACCAAAACACCGAGCUUCCUGAAUAUCUUUCUGUUACAAAGCAUUUCAAUCAUUUUCCAGUCGAUAAUGGUGGAGCCCCUUCAUCCGACCGAGUCACAACCCCGGACGGCUCGACCAGCUUCCACAAGCCGCACAAACACGCCACUUUUGUUGACCCCAUGCAUGCACAAGCGCAUCUCAAACAUGUUGCUGUAUUCUGUUGUCAAAUUCCGGAUUGUGUGAAGGAGCCCAAAUCCGAUUUCAAGUACGCAAUUCGACAAUUAAUUUUACAUUAUUCCCGACCAACAAUUGCUGAGCCAUUGUAUGGUGGUCGCAGAGCAAAUGUUCUCCCACAGUCAGAAAAUCCAGACUUUCGUAUUCCUAUGCUUCUUCUUUCAGGAGAUAGGGUUUACCGAGCUGAAAAGUUGGGAGAUGAUCCGGUCGUACGAAUUUUUGUUGGUGAUAUAAUCAACCGCAAGAAGAAAUACUGGGAGAUUUUACCAGGAGGAGUAGUUGAGCAAUUGGGAUGGGUUGAUGAGCUCAGAGAUACCGUAGCUGGUGCCAAAAAAACCAGUAUCUGGAAGUGCAAGACUCAUGGAGACGUUUGGAAUGUCAGUGUCUUGGAUCAUAUCUUUGAUGAUGGUACUGGCAACUCUGGUUCACCUCCUACAAGCACCACAGAUUAUGAUAGUGGCUACGCUAGUUCUUCUGGUCAAGUGGGAGCUUCGCCAAGAAAGAGAAGAUCAACAUACGGCGACAAUAAUGCGGCUUUUAACAUGCAUCCCAACGCACCCGGCAACUUUGCUGUUGGCCAUGACCAUGAUGAGAAAAUCCCUAUUCGUAGCCGCAAUCACGGUCAGGCAAUUCCUGUUCGUAAUCACAAGCGCGAUACCAAGAAUCUGAGCGGCAACCACGAUUCCCUGGGACAAAUUGAAGAGAUGGAAUUUGAGGACUUUGAGAUGACGGGUGAUGUUACUGAGCUACUCACGGAUAGUGACUUUACCAAUGGUGGCGAAUUUAUGCAAGCUCAUGGAUUCAUGUGGGAUGAUGAGCUUCUUCAUGAGGUCAACCUGUUUAAUUCCGACGAGCUCAAUUCUGAGCACAUCAUCGAACACGACUUUUACGCUAUUUGA